UUCCGAAAGAGCCUCUGCCCAGGUUGAGAUUCGCUCCUGGCUCGGAACAAUGGCUGCACUGCCAAGGCUGGCUUGUGCAUCUUCCGGCGUGGUUGGGGCUGCUGUCUGCUCUGCAGUAUGUGUUGAAGUUCCAUCGGAGACUGAGGCCGUCCAAGGAACGCACAUGAAGCUCCUUUGCAUCUCGUGCAUGAAGAGGGAAGAGGUCACAGCCAGCACGGUGGUGGAAUGGUUCUACAGACCGGAGGGCGGAAAAGAUGAACCUAUCUAUGAGCACAGGAAUAUGAACCAUGAAUUUCCAAGCCGCUUCAGUGGUCGGAUACAAUGGAAUGGGAGUAAAGACAUGCAGGAUGUAUCCAUCACUGUGUUAAACGUGACCUUGAAUGAUUCGGGGAUCUACACCUGUAACAUCACGCGGGAGUUCGAGUUUGAGAUUCACCGCCCUGUCUUCACAAGCUCCAGAGUGAUCCACCUCACCGUGGUGGAGGAAGCUGGAGAAGACUUCACCUCGGUCAUCUCUGAAAUUAUGAUGUAUAUUCUGCUGGUCUUCCUCACCUUGUGGCUACUGAUAGAGAUGGUCUAUUGCUACAGGAAAGUCUCCAAGGCAGAGGAGGCCGCCCAGGAAAAUGCGACAGACUAUCUCGCGAUUCCAUCAGAAAACAAGGAAAACUGUGCCGUGCCUGUGGAGGAAUAGCAGAGAGGAGUCGGCGAUCGAACGGCACUAAGGGGCUCUGAAGACAGAAGGACCGUGUCACGCCAGCCAGGUUUGAGGGGGAGCUCUGCGCCGUCGGGAGGAAGGACGGGGGAGUGUAAACUCUCUUCCAUUUGCCUUGGACUCUGUACAGCCUUGACUUUGGCCUCAUGACUCCAUUCUGAGCUGCCAGCCCAUUUGCUGAAGGACUCUUCUUUUGAAGCAUGCUGAGCAAAGGGCACAGGGGUGUGGGCAGCACAGCUCCUUCCCAAGUGUCAGCCCCAUCAUCACUUUAAUGGCUUUGUAAAUGUUAAGUGUAAUUUCUUAGCUGCUGUCACCACCUUUAUUUAUUUGCUAAAUAUGCUAGUUCUCCAUUGCAGAGGUAAAGGGUAUGU